AUGACCGAGCCCGCGUUACAAUCACUACGCACUAUAAGCGAACAAGUCGGUAGCACCAUCCGCCCGUAUGUCAUCCCUUUCGCCGUCAUCCUCGCUAUAGUCAUCCCCAUCAACCUGGCAUUCCGGUCGAACCCCGGUCUGCUCUCCAGCGGCUGGAGCAGCGGCGGAGGCUCAGCAGCGUCGCUUCCGUACCAGCCACCUAGCCUCGGAUGGGCUGCAUUCCUGUUUCCGAGCAUGAACGGCAUUGACGCGGCUGUAUGCCGUGCAGAGGAGAAUUACUGGGAGAACCUUGUGCUGAGACGGAAGGCGUGCAAGGGAAUGCUGUACCCGCCACCGGCAUCGAUGACAGAUGUCGUAAUGAAAACUCUCGUGCUCAUCCCCACGUACCCGUGCCCGGCGAACGAGCGCAUUGGGGAGUGGGGGGACGGGGGGAAGUGGACUUGCCUGCUGCCAGGCGCUAUUCAGAAGAAUCCCAUUGUGUACAGCAUUGGCAGCUUCGGGCAGUACUCCUUUGAAGACUCCAUCUACAAGAUUCUGCACGUUCAGCCGCACACGUUCGACCCGUUCCUCGUUCCCACCACCGCCGCCCGCAUGCAGAACGUCUCCUGCCUCCACUUCCACCCAAUCGGCCUCUCUGCAAACUCGGAGCUCCAAAACUACACCGCCAAGUUCCCUACCAUGCAGUUCAUGACUCUCGGAGGGAUUAUGCAGCUGUUGAAUCAUUCGUAUGUGGACAUUUUCAAGAUUGACUGCGAGGGGUGCGAGGAGGCUCUGAUUCCUGAGAUUGGGGAGGCAAAUGGGAAUGCAGCGGCGGCGCAGCUGAGUGUGCACGGGGGGACGCUGCCGUUCGGACAAAUCUUGGUGGAGUUUCACAAGUGA